AUGAAGCCGGAGGGCGGUGGCGUACCAGCUGGGGCAUCUGGAAGCGGUGGCGGUGGCGUAAAGAGCGAGGUAGAAGCGCGAAUAGGCGGCGGCAGGCGGGCCAAGCGAAAAAUUCGCUUGGAAAGGUACGAAGUGAGUAAAGGGUUUGGCAUAAGUUGGAAAAAUGGAAGGGGCGGAUCUGGUGUGUGGUAA